GAGAAAGUCAGAGUGGUUACCACAUCAGCAUAAUAGCUACAUAAUAAAUGAUGGAGAGAAUCAUGUUAGGCAUGAUUCUAGAUUCUAGACCUAACCUAACUUGAAUCAUACAAAAGGAGAGAAUUCAAAUAGAUUUCUAGCUCCCAGCAGCCAGCAGCAAUAGGAUGCUUUCAGGAAGAUGACAGAUGCAAAGGAAAGAUGCUGUUUUGCACUAUCUAGAUUUGUUACUGCAGCCAAAUUAUUGGCAUGAUGGAAUGACGAGAAUAGCAGCUGGCAUGGAAGAUGAAAGAGAAGAUGUUCAAAAGAAAACAUUCACAAAAUGGAUAAAUGCACAGUUUUCUAAGUUUGGUAUUCAUCCAAUUGAAGAUCUCUUCAAAGAUUUGCAAGAUGGUCGGAAGCUUUUGGAGCUCCUGGAAGGUCUUACAGGCCAAAAACUUGGGAAAGAAAAGGGCUCCACUAGAGUUCAUGCCUUGAACAAUGUCAAUAAAGCACUACAAAUCUUGCAGAAAAAUAAUGUAGAUCUGGUAAAUAUUGGCAGUAUAGAUAUUGUGGAUGGAAAUCAUAAAUUGACCCUUGGAUUGGUCUGGAGUAUAAUUCUGCACUGGCAGGUAAAAAAUGUUAUGAAAAGCAUCAUGGCUGGACUGCAACAAACAAACAGUGAAAAGAUCUUGUUAAGCUGGGUUCGUCAAUCAACUCAGAACUAUCCACAGGUCAAUAUUUUUAAUUUCACCAAUAGCUGGUCUGAUGGUUUGGCUGUCAAUGCACUCAUACACAGUCACAGGUCAGAUCUCUUCAAUUGGGACGAUGUGGUUUAUCAACAGUCCGCUGUGCAGCGAUUAGAUCAUGCGUUCAACAUAGCUAAACAACACCUGGGAAUUGAGAAACUCCUUGAUCCUGAAGAUGUUGCAACAACUUAUCCUGACAAGAAAUCCAUCUUGAUGUAUGUGACAUCACUUUUCCAAGUCCUGCCCCAGAAGGUUACUCUAGAAGCCAUCCAUGAAGUUGAAACAUUGCCACAGGAAGUAAAGCACAUUAGAGAACAACAAAUCCAAUUACAUCCACAACGGUUUUCUCAACUGCAUUUUGAAAGUCAAGAACAGAAGUUAUUUGCAACUUCACCCAUGAGUUCAGAAACAGACCUAGAAAGCUACCAAACUGAAUUAGAAGAAGUCCUCUCAUGGCUUCUGUCUGCUGAAGAUUCAUUGCAAGCACGAGGAGAGAUCUCCACUGACGUAGAGGAAGUUAAAGAACAGUUUCACACUCAUGAGGGUUUUAUGAUGGAAUUAACUGCUCACCAAGGACGUGUUGGUGAUAUUUUGCAAGUAGGCAGCCAACUUUUGGGAACAUUUGGAAAGCUUUCAGAAGAUGAAGAAAAUGAAAUACAAGAACAAAUGAAUCUUCUAAAUUCACGCUGGGAAAAUCUCAGAGUCACAAGUAUGGAAAGACAGAACAAUUUACACCAAGCUCUAAUGGAUUUACAAAAUCAGCAGCUCACUGAGCUAUCUGACUGGUUAGCUAAAACAGAAAAAAGAACAGCAAAGAUGGAGUCAGAACCUUUGGGACCUGAUCUAGAAAGCUUAAAGAAGCAGGUGGAAGAACAUAAGAUUCUUCAAGAAGACUUAGAACAGGAACAAGUCAAAGUUAAUUCACUCACUCAUAUGGUAGUUGUAAUAGAUGAAGCUAGUGGAGAUAGGGCUACAGUUGCAUUAGAACAAAAACUUCAGCAUUUAGGAAACCGUUGGGCAACAAUCUGUAGAUGGACAGAGGACCGUUGGUUUAUUCUGCAAGAUGUUCUUCAAAAAUGGUUGCAAUUUAUUGAAGAACAGGGUCUUUUUGAUACAUGGUUUACUGAAAAGGAAGAAUGUGUGACCACUCUGCAUACUAUCGAUUUCAAAGACCAGAAAGAAAUGUUGGAAAAUCUACAAAAAUUGGCUAUCUUGAAAGGAGAAUUGGAAAUCAAGAGACAAUCAAUGGAUAAACUGAAUUCCCUUAGCCAGGAUCUCCUCUCAGCAGUAAAAAGUAAAGGAUUAUCACAGAAACUGGAAGGGUGGCUCCAAAACAUUAGUCACCGCUGGGAUAGUUUGGCACAGAAGCUGGAGGGCAGUUCUAAGAAGAUUUCACAAGCUGUUGCUGCUACUCAAACAUCACUAACACAGACCACAGUAAUGGAAACUGUGACUAUGGUGACCACCAGAGAGCAGAUCCUGGUUAAACAUGGUAAAGAGGAGCUCCCACAAGUGCCACUUCCCAAGAAGAGGCAAAUUGUUGUGGAUUCAGAAAUUAGGAAAAGAUUUGAUGUUGAUACGACAGAACUUCACAGUUGGAUGACUCGUUCAGAAGCUGUACUACAGAGUCCUGAGUUUGCAAUAUAUAGAAAAGAAGGAAACCUAUCUGAUCUCAGAGAAAAAGUUAAUAUCAUAGAAAGAGAAAAACCUGACAAGUACAGGAAGCUUCAAGAUGCCAAUAGAUCAUGUGAGGCGCUCGUGAAACAGAUGGUGAAUGAUGGGCUUAAUGCUGACAACAUAAAACAGGCUUCAGGACAGUUGAACAGCCGGUGGAUUGAGUUCUGUCAGUUACUGAGUGAAAGACUGGCAUGGUUGGAGUACCAAAACAACAUCAUUGCCUUCUACUCUAAGCUGCAGCAAUUGGAGCAGACAGUAAUUACUGUUGAAAAUUGGAUGAAAGCACAGCUCUUACCAGCAGCAGAUCCUGAUGCAGUGAAAACACAGUUAGAUAGGUGCAAGGAUGAAGUGGUCAGCUUUUCAAGCAUUCAACCUCAGAUAGAAAAACUGAAGGUACAAGGCAAAGCACUAAAAGAGAACCAGCAGUGUCCAGUGUUUUUGGAAGCAGAUCUUGUUGCCUUUAGUAAUCAUUUUGCUCAAGUGUACGAUGAUUUGAAAGCUAGAGAAAAGCAGCUACAAACAACUUUUGAUAUUUUGCCAUCUGUACGGUAUAAAGAAAUUAUGAACACAGUUCUCUUGUGGAUACAACAAUCAGAAACAAAGCUCUCCAUCCCACAAGUUACUGUCACAGAUUUAGAAACGAUGGAGAAAAGGCUCAGGGAGCUAAAGGGCUUACAAAGUUCUCUGCAAGAACAGCAAAAUGGAAUCAAUUAUUUAAGCACAACUGUACAAGAGAUGUCUAAGAGAGCUCCUGCAGGGGUCAGUCAGCAGUACUGGUCAGAAAUUGAGGUAAUCCUUAAUCGUUGGAAGAAGUUAUCAACUCAGCUGGUGGAAAAUUGUCAGAAACUUGAGGAACAGAUAACAAAGUUGAAGCAGUUCCAGAAUGACACAAAAACCCUGAAAAAAUGGAUGGCUGAAGUGGAUAUUUUUCUAAAUGAAGACUGGCCAGCACUUGGAAAUUCAGAAACACUAGAGAAACAAUUAGAACAGUGUACAGCUUUGGUGAAUGACAUCCAGACAAUCCAGCCCAAUUUAAAUAGUGUUAAUGAGAUUGGACAAAAAAUGAAGAAGGAAGCAGAGUCAGAGUUUUCUUUGAAAUUACAGAAUGAUCUUAAAGCACUGAAUGCUGAAUGGGAUAAUAUUUGCCAACAGGCCUAUGAUAAGAAAGCAGCAUUGAAGAAUAGUUUGGAUAAGAUUGUAAGUCUACGAAAGGAUUUGUCAGAAAUGCAUGAGUGGAUUACACAAGCAGAAGAUGAAUAUCUGCAGAGGGAUUUUGAAUACAAAACACCAGAUGAACUGCAGAAAGCUGUUGAAGAAUUAAAGAGAGCAAAAGAAGAGGCCCAACAGAAAGAGGUGAAAGUAAAACUUCUCACUGAUUCUGUGAACAAUUUUAUAGUAAGGGCUCCACGUGCAGCUCAUGAGGCUUUGAAAAAAGAACUUGACAUUUUAACUAAGAAUUAUCAGAGGCUAUGCAGCAGGCUAAAUGGAAAAUGCAAAACACUGGAGGAAGUAUGGGCAUGUUGGCAUGAACUUCUGUUGUAUUUGGAUAUCGAAAACAAAUGGUUGAAUGAGUUGGAAUCCAAAAUCAAGGCAACAGAAAACAUUCAAGAAGGUACAGAAGAGAUAUCAGUAGCACUAAAUUCUCUGGAAAUAUUAAGGCAGCAUCCAGAAGAUAAUCGCAAUCAGAUUCGUGAAUUGGCACAAACUUUAACAGAUGGUGGAGUUUUGGAUGAAUUGAUCAACGAGAAACUUGAAAAAUUCAAUGUUCGGUGGGAAGAGCUACAACAAGAGGCUAUGAGAAGUCAGAAGUUUCUUGAACAAAGUAUCCACUCUGCUCACGAGAUUGACAAAACCCUUCAAUUAAUUCAAGAGUCUCUGGCCUUCAUUGAUCAACAAUUAACAGGAUAUAUUACAGACCGAAUUGAUGCAGCACAUGUACCUCAAGAAGCACAGAAAAUUCAAUCAGAGUUGACAAGCCAUGAGAUUACCUUGGAUGAAAUGAAGAAACAUAACCAGGGUAAAGAUUCUGCCAAAAGGAUGUUCUCUCAAAUUGAUACUGCACAGAAAAAAUUACAAGAUGUCUUUAUGAAAUUUCGCUUGUUCCAAAAGCCAGCCAAUUUUGAGCAGCGAUUACAAGAAAGUAAAAGAAUUUUAGAUGAAGUAAAAUUGCAAGUGCCAAAGUUGGAAUGGAGAAGUAUUGAGCAGGAAGCAAUGCAGUCACAGCUGGAUAAUUGUAUGAAACAAUAUAAAAUUCUUAGUGAAGUGAAAUCUGAAGUGGAAACAAUAAUAAAAACUGGGCGUCAGAUUGUACAGAAGCAGCAAACUGAAAAUCCCAAAGAACUAGAUGAAAGGCUGACAGCUUUGAAAUUACAGUAUAAUGAUUUGGGUGCCAAGGUAACAGAGAAAAAGCAAGAAUUAGAGAAAUGUUUGAAAUUAUCUCGGAAACUUAGAAAGGAAAUGAAUGCUCUGACAGAAUGGCUGGCAAUGAUAGAUUCAGAACUGACAAAGAGAUCAGCAAUAGAAGAGGUGCCUAUCAAUUUAGAUGCUGAACUUGCCUGGAGCAAGGGAACGCAGUUAGAGACUGAAAAACGACAGCAUCAGCUGAAGAUUAUCACUGACUUGGGAGAGGGACUGAAGAUGGUGCUUAAAGAGAAAGAAAGAUUGGUGAAUGAUAAACUCGCCCUUCUCAAUAGUAACUGGAUUGCAGUAACUUCACGAGUUGAGGAAUGGUUUAAUUUGCUGCUGGCAUAUCAGAAACAUAUGGAAACAUUUUUUCAAAAUGUUGCUAAUAUCACCACAUGGAUGUAUCAAACAGAAAUACUCUUGGAUGAAUCUGAAACCCAAAGCCCCCAGCAGAGAGCCAAUAUUCUUAAGUGCUUAAAGGGUGAGCUAAAUGAUAUGCAUCCAAAGGUAGAUUCUGUUCGUGACCAGGCAGUUGACUUGAUGACAAACCGUGGAGGUCACUGCAGGAAGGUAAUAGAACCUAAACUGAUAGAGCUCAACCAACGGUUUACAACAGUAUCAGAAAGAAUUAAAUGUGAAAAGCCCUUCAUUUCUUUGAAGGAAUUGGAGCAGUUUAACUUUGACAUACAAAAAUUGCUUGAACCACUGGAGGCUGAAAUUCAGGAGGGGGUGAAUCUGAAAGAAGAAGACUUCAAUAAAGAUAUGAGUGACAGUCAUGAGGGCACUAUAAAAGAAUUGCUUCAACGUGGAGAUAUGCUUCACCAAAUGAUCAAGGAUGAACAGAAAAGAGAAGAAAUAAAAAAGAAACAGCAUUUGUUGCAAAACAGACAUAAUUCUCUCAAGGAUAUGAGAUCGCAAAGAAGGAAAAAAGCUUUGGAGAUUUCACAUCAGUGGUAUCAAUAUAAGAAGCAGGCAGAUGAUUUAAUGAAGUUCCUGGAUGACAUAGAAAAAAAAAUGUCGGUUCUGUCAGAUCCCAUAGAUGAACAUAAACUAAAGGAAAUUGAUCGAGAACUGGAGAAGAAGAAGGAAGAGCUGAAUGUGGUACAGAGGCAAGCUGACCACUUGUCUAAGAAUGGGGCUGCAAAAGCAGUGGAACCAACCCAGAUACAGCUCAGCAAGCGCUGGCAUGAUAUUGAGAGCAAAUUUGCUCAGUUUCGAAGACUCAACUAUGCACAAAUUCAAACUGUUCAUGAGGAGACUACUGUACUGAUGACUGAAGGUAUGCCAAUGGAAAUUUCUUAUGUGUCUUCUACAUACCUGGCAGAGAUCCAACAACUUCUACAAGCUUUGUCCACCUUGGAAGACUUUCUUAAUUCUCCCACCCUUCAGGGAAAGGACUAUGAAAAUCUUGUUAGAAAAGAAGAUGAUCUCAAGAAAAUUAAGGACACAGUAGAGAGAUAUUCAAAUCAAAUUGAAAUCAUUCAGAACAAGAAGCCUGCAGUUCUGAAAAGUGCCACACCUGGUGAAGUUAUGAAAAUUGAGGAAAAGCUGACUCAGCUUACUUCCCAGUGGGAAAAAAUUAAGAUAUAUUGGGAUCAACAGGCAAAAUUUGACAAAUCAUUGGAAAAAUGGAGAAAUUUCCAUCAUGAUAUGAAGAAUUUUAACCUCUGGCUAACCGAAAUAGAACAAACUUUAGCUAAAAUAAGAGUAGAAACUGAUGAUCCAAAUGUUUCUAAAAGCAAGCAAUACAUCCAGGCAGGCUGGCUUCAGGAAACCUGGGAAGAGCUCCGGUACUGCAAUCUCCCAUGUGCUUCCCUCGCAGACCAGGCCGGCUUUGGGAAACACACAGGAAGGGCUCCGCUACUACAAUCUGCCAUAUGCUUCUCUUGCAGGCAGGCCAGCUUUGGGAAACAUGGGAAGGGCUCUGGUGCUGCAAUCUCCUGCGUGCUUCCCUUGCAGGCCAGGCCAGCUUUGAGAAACACACAGGAAGGACUCCAGCUGACUUGGGAUGGAAACACGGAGAAGCAACUGCCUUUUGUCUCCGACUUCUGUUUGCAAGUGAAGGAAGAGGCAGAGGCGGCAGCAGCAAUGGCAAUGGAAGGGGCCAACCACUUCGCUGCCGGCAUGGUUACCCAGCCUCCCUUCACCUGGCUCUCCUUUAGCAGCCCUGACCUUAGCCCCACUUCCUCCCCCACCACCGCCUGCUUACCUUCUGUGGCACCUGGUCCAGAGUCUGGAAGAUCUGAUGUCGACCAGACCAUAUCUAUCCUGGACCAUGAUCUGUGCCUAGGGGAGAAAUAUAGCUGUCCCAACUUCAGCAGCUUAAUGGCUGCCUCUUCGCUGCCAGAAAAAAGGGCUUCUCCUGGAUCAACCAGGGACUUUGUGGUGUCCCUGGGAUCAAUAGGAUGUGCCUUCCACUAUCACCAUCUCUACGGGAUGGUGAGGUCCAAAAAGGACCGUCCAGCAGCAGAUAUCAACGGCGAUCUUGGAGCUACAAGAUCAUCCAUCGUACCAUCGCGACGUCAGCUCCUCCUCAGGAGGCUAUUUGAUGAGGAACAGCAUCUUCUCGCAGAAUUACAGCAUAACUUCAAUAAGUUUAUUUUAUGGUUAAAUGAAGCCAGCAGUGUUGUCAGUAUUCCAGCUGAGCCAGGAAAUGAAUAUCAGUUAAAAGCCACCCUUCAAAAAGUAAAGUUAAAAGUGGAAGAACUACCUCCACACAAGGGAAUACUGAACCAAUUAAAUGAAACUGGAGGAAAAGCACUCAGUACUGCAUCACUGACCCCUGAAGUAAAACAUAAGCUUGACAGUAGACUCAAAGAGGCCAACCAUCGCUUGAUCAAGGUAUCCAAAGAUCUGCCUGAGAAAGAGAAAGAAAUUGAAUUUAUGUUAAAUAACUUGAAUCAAUUUGAACAGCACUUAAGUCAGCUAAGAUUGUGGCUUACUCCCAUCAAGGAUCAAUUGGUACUAUACAAUCAAGUGGAUCAACCUGGAACUUUUGACAUUAAGGAAAUUGAAGCAACUGUAAAAUCUAAACAGCCAGAUGUGGAAGGAAUUUUGUCUAAAGGGCGUCAUUUAUAUAAAGAAAAACUAGUUACUCAAUCAGUAACGAAAAAAUUGGAGGAUUUAAACACUGACUGGAAAACAGUAAAUCAUUUAAUCCAAGCUCUAAAAGAAAAGCCAAGGUCUGCAGUUCCAGUUGUACCUUUUCGGGCUGAAACUCUAGUAUCCAAGGAAACUACCAUCUCCAAACAAGAAAUGCCAUCAUCUUUGCUUCUAGAGGUACCAGCCCUGGUUGAUUUCAAUAAGGCAUGGGCAGAUCUCAAUGACUGGCUUUCUCUGUUGGAUCGAGUAAUACAAUCCCAUAUAGUUACCGUCAGUGAUCGUGAUGAAAUCAAUGACAUGAUCAUCAAACAAAAGGCAACAUUACAAGAUCUGGAACAAAGGCGCCCACAGCUUGAAGAAUUAAUAACAGCAGCCCAGAAUCUGAAAAAUAAAACUAGCAAUCAAGAGGUUCGAACAAUCAUCACUGAUCAAAGUAAUGCAUUUUUUGUAUUUAAUAUUUUAAAAGAGAUGAUCUUCCAACACCCAGAUUCAGAGAGACAAUUCAUUGUCCAAGCAGAUGCUAGUGACUUAGUGGUGGUGGCAGCUGUGCUCCUACUGAAGGACCCACAAGGAGAACUCCUGCCGUGCACCUAUGUGUCCAAGAAGCUCAUCGACACUGAGAGGAGGUGGGCAAUUUGGGAGAAAGAAGCCUACGCAGUCCGCUGGGCCCUUCUCUCCUGGAGACUUUUUCUUGAAGAGGACAAAGUGCCUUUCAAGUGGCCACUCAAGGAAGAAGCCAUGGAGUGGAUGAUAAGGCUCCACGAUGAGGAUGCGCUGGAGCUGGGGAACAUCAAUGCUUUCCUGGAAGAGCUAAGGGCCAGAUUCAAGGAUGAGUCCCAGACCCUGCAAGCUGUGGCAGAAGUCCAGGAUCUGAAGCAGGAGGGCAGCCAGCAAAAGGGGAAUCCUCGAAUUCACGAAUGGUACCAGAUGGCCAAAGUGCUAGACCUCAAGCUAAAGCAAUGCAAGAAGCACGGUGUGCCUGAAUCAAAGCCAAAGCGGAGCCAGGAGAGUGAGGGAGAGAGAACUCUGACCAGAGGGGACCAGCAACCUGCCCCCUAUGACAGUGAGGAUGAAGGCGAAAGUGACCUGACCAUAAGUGAAGCCAUCUGCCCCUUUGCCAUCCCUGCAAGAAUGGUGGUGCCAAAGCGGACCUUUUGGUUUCUCAGGGAAUUUAUCAUGAAAUUGCUUUACCAGAGUAUCAGCAUUCACAUCCCAACUUUUCACCCAAGUAGCUUCAGACAACAGCAAUUUUCAAAAGAACUACGUCAGUGGCAUAUAAAUCUGGAUGUAGCAAAUGAUUUGGCCCUUAAACUUCUUCGGGAUUACUCAACUGAUGAUACCAGAAAAGUACAAAUAAUGACCAAUAAUAUUAAUGAUGCAUGGGCCACCAUUAAUAAUAGUGUUGGAGAGCAAGAGGCCUCAUUGGAAGCAGCCCUAAGGCUCUUACAACAAUUCUACUUGGAUCUGGAACAGUUUCUUGCCUGGCUUACAGAAGCAGAAACCACUGCCAAUGUCCUACAGGAUGCCACACUUAAAGAGAGAAUCCUAGAAGAUACUCAAGGAAUACGGGAGCUCAUGAGGCAAUGGCAGGAGCUUCAGAAAGAAAUUGAAAGCCAUACAGAUAUCUUCCAUAGCUUGGAUGAAAAUGGACAGAAAAUCUUGAGAUCACUUGAAGGUUCUGAUGAUGGUGCCUUGUUGCAGAGACGCCUGGAUAACAUGAACUUCCGAUGGAGUGAACUUCAGAAAAAGUCUUUAAAUAUCAGGUCUCAUCUAGAAGCAAGUUCUGAUCAGUGGAGACGUCUACACCUUUCUCUUCAGGAACUUCUGGCAUGGCUACAGUUGAAAGAGGAUGAGCUAAAGCAACAGACACCAAUUGGUGGUGAUCUUCACACUGUACAAAAGCAGAAUGAUAUCCAUAGGGCCUUUAAGAGGGAACUAAAAACAAAAGACUCUGUUAUCUUAAAUGCACUUGAAACAGCCCGAACGUUCAUAUCUGAAAAGCCUCUGGAAGGACUGGAAAAGUUUUACCAGGAGCCGAGAGAGCUGUCUCCGGGUGAAAGAGUCCAGAAUGUAACUCAAUUCCUAAAGAAGCAGGCAGUUGAUGUUAAAACAGAAUGGGAUAAAUUGAAUCUACAAUCUUCUGACUGGCAAAAAAAGAUUGAUGAAGCCCUUGAAAGACUACAAGAGCUUCAUGAGGCAAUGGAUGAUUUCGAUCUAAAACUGCAUCAGGCAGAAACUGUCAAAGAGUCUUGGCAGCCAGUUGGGGAUUUGCUCAUUGACUCACUGCAGGAUCAUCUUGAAAAACUGAAGGUCUACGAAGGAGAAAUUACACCUCUUAAAGAGAACAUGAACAAUGUUAAUGGCUUAGCUCAUCAGUUUACCUCAUCUGAGAUUCCACUUUCUCCAUAUAUGCUCAACCGGCUAGAAGACAUGAAUGGAAGAUGGAAACUCCUGCAGUUGUCCAUUGAUGAGCGUAUCAGGCAACUGCAUGAGGCCCACCGAGAUUUUGGCCCCACUUCUCAGCACUUUCUUUCCACUUCUGUUCAGGACCCAUGGGAAAGGGCCAUAUCACCAAACAAAGUGCCCUACUACAUCAAUCAUGAGACACAGACUACUUGCUGGGAUCAUCCCAAAAUGACAGAGCUCUACCAGUCUUUAGCUGAUUUGAACAAUGUUCGAUUCUCAGCAUAUAGAACUGCCAUGAAGCUCCGAAGACUACAGAAAGCUCUCUGUUUGGAUCUUUUGAAUCUGUCUGCUGCAUGUGACGCCUUGGACCAGCACAACUUCAAACAGAAUGAUCAACCAGUUGAUAUACUUCAGAUCAUUAACUGCUUAACUACCAUUUAUGAUAAAUUGGAACAAGAGCACAAUAACCUAGUCAAUGUCCCUCUAUGUGUAGAUAUGUGCCUCAACUGGCUUUUGAAUGUCUAUGACACGGGUCGAACUGGAAGGAUCCGAGUCCUGUCUUUCAAAACUGGUAUAAUUUCACUGUGUAAAGCACAUCUGGAAGAUAAAUAUAGAUAUCUGUUCAAGCAAGUAGCUAGUCCCACUGGAUUCUGUGAUCAACGUCGUCUUGGUCUUCUCCUCCAUGAUUCUAUCCAGAUUCCAAGGCAGCUGGGAGAAGUUGCUUCUUUUGGUGGCAGUAAUAUUGAACCCAGUGUUAGGAGUUGUUUUCAGUUUGCAAAUAACAAACCUGAAAUAGAAGCGGCUCUUUUUCUGGAUUGGAUGAGACUUGAACCACAAUCAAUGGUAUGGCUUCCAGUUUUACAUAGAGUGGCAGCUGCUGAAACUGCCAAACAUCAGGCCAAGUGCAACAUCUGUAAAGAAUGUCCAAUUAUUGGAUUCAGAUACAGAAGCUUAAAGCACUUUAACUACGAUGUCUGCCAAAGCUGCUUCUUUUCUGGCCGAGUUGCAAAAGGUCAUAAGAUGCACUACCCAAUGGUGGAAUAUUGUACACCAACUACUUCAGGAGAAGAUGUCCGUGACUUUGCCAAGGUAUUAAAAAAUAAAUUCAGAACAAAACGAUACUUUGCAAAACAUCCGAGAAUGGGUUAUUUGCCUGUACAAACAGUGUUGGAAGGAGACAACAUGGAAACUCCUGUUACUCUGAUCAACUUCUGGCCAGUAGAUUCUGCGCCUGCUUCAUCCCCUCAGCUUUCACAUGAUGAUACGCAUUCACGCAUUGAGCAUUAUGCUAGCAGGCUAGCAGAAAUGGAGAACACCAAUGGAACAUAUAUGAACGAUAGCAUUUCUCCUAAUGAGAGCAUAGAUGAUGAACAUUUGCUAAUCCAGCACUACUGCCAAAGUUUGAACCAGGAAUCACCACUCAGUCAACCUCGAAGUCCUGCUCAGAUUUUAAUUUCUUUAGAAAGUGAAGAAAGAAGUGAGCUGGAGAGAAUCCUUGCAGACUUGGAAGAAGAAAAUAGAAACCUGCAGGCAGAAUAUGACCGGCUGAAGCAGCAACAUGAUCACAAAGGACUAUCUCCACUGCCAUCCCCACCUGAGAUGAUGCCCAUUUCACCACAGAGUCCUCGAGAUGCUGAACUCAUUGCAGAAGCCAAGUUGCUUCGUCAACACAAAGGCCGCCUAGAAGCCAGGAUGCAGAUCCUGGAGGAUCACAACAAACAGCUAGAAUCGCAGUUACAUAGGCUAAGACAGCUAUUGGAACAGCCUCAAGAUGCAAAGGUGAAUGGUACAACCCAGUCUUCUCCUACCUCAGUACAGAGGUCAGAAAGUAAUCAGCCAAUGCUUCUCCGUGGUGUUGGUAGUCAGACUACAGAAUCUAUGGGUGAGGAUGAUCUAUUAAAUCCUCCCCGGGCCACAACCACAGGAUUAGAAGAGGUCAUGGAACAGCUUAACAAUUCCUUCCCAAGUACAAGAGGCAACAAUGUAGUUAACCUUUUCCACAUGGCAGAUGACUUGGGCCGAGCAAUGGAAACCUUAGUGACAGUGAUGACUGACAACAAAUUAGUAGAAUAACAAGUUCUAUUUUACAACUUCAGGCAUAACCUGCAUGGUUUUUAUAAUAUUCAUAUGAUGGAGGAUUAGACUGUAAGAGUUUACAUGAAAACAAAUCUAUAUUUUUGUGAAGGAUAGUGGUUCUAUACUGUAGAUUUCAGUAGUUUCUUAAGUCUGUUAUUGUUUUGUUAACAAUGGCAGGUUUUACACAUCUAUGCAAUUGUACAAAACAUAAAGAAAACUACAUGUAAAAUCUUGACAGCUAAAUAACUUGCCAUUUCUUUAUAUGGAACGCAUUUUGGGUUGUUUAAAAAGAAUUUAUAGCUGUUAUAAAGAAAGAUUGUAAACAAAGUGUGCUUUAUAAAAAUGUUUAUAUAAAUCCCUAAAAAAACAAAGAAAAAAAAUGAGGCAGUGCAUUUGUUUAGCAUCACUUCAACUUGGUAAUUAUACACAACAGAUAUUCAUGUUCUGUGUUCUUUUCCUUAAAAUCAAACAGAAUUUCUGCAACACCAAGCAGUCAGCCUACAUUUCUUCUUGUAUCUGACUAGCUCUUGCUUUAAAAUUAUUAUUUUCCAAAGUUUCUAAUUGAGAUAGCUUUCCAUGUCCUGAGCAAGUCUUACUAGAAUUAUCCAGCUAGUUGGCAAUAAUAUGAAAGAGCACAUUACAUGACAAAUAUCAGAAUUUGCAAAAAUAAGAUAAAUUGAACUCAUAUUCUAAACUCUUUAUUUCCUCUAUACUUUGAAUCUGAAUGUUAAAAGUAAACACAAAAUAGUAAUUGCCUUAUUGAAUUAUACCAGUGGACUUAGGUGUCCUUAUCCUGCCUCUGGCACUGGCCAGCACCUUAAUGUUUCAAAGUAAAAGUAUGAUUUGCUUUCAUGCCCUGUGAUGCCACUUUUUAUCAGAUAUUCUGCAUCUGUGUGUGUAUUGGGAUGAAGACUUGACUACAGAUACCAGUCUGUAAUCUGUUUAAUCUUUAGAUUAUUCAUAUUAUUAUUUAAUAUUUCAUUUUUAUAGAAAAAGUAUUGAGUAUUGAAAAUUGCCUAAAUUCUUUAAAACACACAAAGCACUAGUUUUUGCCUUGUAACAAAUUCCAAGGACCCACACCAGUUCCACACCAACAGUAAUAAAACUGAAUAGUGUGACACAAUGGUAAACAUCAACUCUAUCAGUUGCUUAAAGUAGUCACAGUACUUCAUGAGAAGCUGAUUGUCCAAAAUGAAAUCCAGCAAUCCUACUCUACAAGUAAUGCCGCACAAUUAACAAUGACUCAGGAGAGGGAUGAUAAAAAACAGAUGUUAGAAAAAAGUCUCUCAAAUUUACUAUUAUAAAAUGUUGAACAAAAGCUUCAUAAUUUCUUUUUUUUUCCUAUCAGCCUUUAAUUCCAUUGUCUAAAGACAGAUUUUUACCACCUAAUAAACUUUAAUACUUUGCAAAAGUUAAAUCUGUUACCUCUUGUAUAAUUAAAACACAGGAGAAAAAUAUAUUUUAUUUUUUAAUGCUACUUAACAUUCAACAUGGGUAGUCAUGGUAUUUCUAACUCACUUUCGUUUUGUGGUGUUCCUGACAAUUAUGUAGAGAAGGUAUGCAUCGUCAACCACUUAUCCAUUGUGUAAACUGAUGUUCUUUUAAUACCAAUACAGUAUACAAUUAAAAUUUAGCAAUUCUCAAAGAAAGUCCAUACAUUUUCAUGCUUUUUUAAAGACUUUGGGUACAAUUCAGUCUAGCAUGAGCACAGUGAUUACCCACAAAUAAAUUAGUCUAGAGUUUUAAAAAGCUUGCUCUUUCUUUAGUGAGUCUUGUAUGCAUCUCCCUGAGACGACAAGCUUUCCCUUUCAUUCGGGAGUAUUUUCUUCACUUCUGAGGAUGCACACUAAGAUGAGCAUUAAAAGGGCUCUUUUAUGUCCUACACGAACCCUACUCUUUGUAAGGACCGCACUGAUGCAAUGGUAGACUGAAUCAUAGGGUUCAUUUACAAAUGAAUAUCCUAUAUAUUUCAUACCCUUUAUGUAAGAUUUUACAGAUUCAGUUAUAGAUGGGAUUUUUUUUUAUGCCUUAAGUUCUCUUAAAUUUUAAAAGAUUUGAGACUAAUAGAGUGCACAACUAUUUUCAUCAGGGUUAUUUCUUUUUUAGACAUUAGUUUUGAAGUGAGUCUGUCGAAAAUAUAAAAAAGAGUUUAAGAGCUUUAUUGCUGCUUUUAAAGAGUUUCUUUGGAACUAUUUCAUGUUCCUUAUAUCCAUACACUACUAAACUAUAAAGCAUUUUCAGUAUAACCGAAUAUUGUCUGGUAUGUUAUACCAUUUUCAUGCAGUACUGAUUUAUUACUUGGGUAUCAUUUAUUGUGUUCUAACAUCAACACUGUAACAUUUACUAGUUAUUUUUAUAAAUUUCAGUUUUACUGCAUUUCACAACAUAUUGAAUUUUACCAAAUAUAUGCCUUACUUACUGUAUUGUAUACUGCUUUACUGUGUAUAUCAAUAAAGCAUGUAAUUAUGUUACAAA